AUGCCUUUUGCAUCAUGCUUAUUACACUGCUUUGAGAGUGAGAGAAGACAGAAGAAAUUGAGAAUAAAACUUCAAAAGUUUGUGGAUAAGGACAGCAUCCGCAGCGGUGGGCCAGUUGUGGUGCUGGUGCAGCUAGAGCGAGAGGAGAAAGUCACAGGCCCCGUGGUUGCACCUCUCUUUCCACAGAAACAUGAAGAGGACUGGUGGGUGGUGAUUGGAGAUGCCAAGUCCAAUAGCCUCAUCUCCAUCAAGAGGCUGACCCUGCAGCAGAAGGCCAAGGUGAAGCUUGACUUUGUGGCCCCAGCCACUGGCGCCCACAACCACACUCUGUACUUCAUGAGUGCUGCUUACGUGGGAUGUGACCAGGAAUACAAAUUCAGCGUGGAUGUGAAAGAAGCUGAGACAGACCGUGACUCGGACUGAGUCCAGAGGAUUUACUCUCUCGUAGAGGAGUUGA